AUGGCCAGGCUCUAUAUCUUCCUCCUGGGGUGGGGGUGCCUCAGCUUCUCACGGCUUUCGCCUGGAGAGAGCAGUGGCAUCGAUCCAGGGGAUCCUGUUGCCGUGAGGAUGAUAACAGUGCUCAGAGUUCUCUGCCAAUGCUUGGGUUCCCAGGCCAGACCUGCACGUCCUGAGAAUGGAGACGGGGCCACGGGGACUGUCCCUGCAGCCGCCGCCACCUUUGCGGCCACUGGGACUUCUCUGCUAAAGCAGCUGCAAGACUAUGAGGGUGACCGAUUGGAGACAUACCGGGAGCUGGAGCGUGUCUUGCAGGGAGAGGACGGCUCUUUGACAAGCGGCGUUGUGAACCGCCUGAUAGCAGAGGCGUCCAGAGACAUGCGAGCAGCCCAGGAUGUGACAGAUGAUGUGAAGACAGCUGCUAGCAAUGUCCUGGUGGCUCUGGCACGCUCCCGCUUCCACUUUGUCAUGUCUGAGCUCCAGAGCCACCUGAAGGCCACGGGGAAGGUCCCUGAUGAGACUGUGCUCCUCACUGUGGGCAAAAUGGCCCGCAGCUACGCCCUGCGGUGCAUCCCCUUUGUGGGAAUGACGAUGCUCGCCCUGCGCACCAUGCUGAGCCAGGUGGGCAGUGGCCGGAUCCUGCGCGCCAUCUGCAGUGUUGUGGAGGAGUGGUCGAAAGGGGUCAAUACGUACUUGUGCAACCAGGACCAGUGCCCCUUCCCUCGCAAGGGGGUAGCACAGUUCUGUGAGGCCAUUUACCCCGUCUUCCACUAUGCGGCAGUAAAUUGGCUGGGCUUCAAAGAGGAAGAGGACAAUCAGGCAGUGCUGGGGGCAGUGGCUGCCAUGGCAGAGGUCCUUCUGCAUGAGGAGCGGCACCGAGAGUGUUCCUGGGAGCUGGUCCUCUGGCUCCUGCACCAGUAUCAGGAGGCCCCAGACACCUCUGUGGUCACCACGAGCCUCAGCUAUGUCCUGGAGAUGCUGGAGGGACUUCAGGCCCCACUCACACAGGACACGGCUCUUGCCAUCAGCGCUGCUGUGCACAGUCAGCUCUCUCAUCUGACCAAGGAGUCUGGUCUGGCUCAUAAGGCAGUGCUGUCCCGCUGCAUCAUGCUGCAGGCACGAAUUUGGCCCGAGGAGACAGUCACGUUUCUGCACUCCCAGCUGAGCGCUGAGAGCAAGGCCGGUCGCGUGGCAGCCCUGGGCCUGCUGGUACCGCUGUGUCACUCUCACGCCCUUGUGAUGAGACAGAAGCUGACCCAGGUGGUGGAGGACGUGAAGUUGAUGUGCAAGGCCAGAGGUUGGGUACCUGCGGAAGUGACGGUGCGGAGGGCAGCUCUGGAGUUUGUCAGGGAGCUGCUCAGCACUGGAUCCCAGAGCUGCGGGACAUGGGAUAUGGUGGCGUACAUCUUCACCGAGUUCAGCCAGACCUCAGGCAGACUGGCAGCAGGAGGCCUUUUUGCCUGGGAAACCCAGGAGGCUGGAGCUCUUCGAGCCCUGUGCAUGGACAUCGUGGGCUCUCUGGAUGUCUCUCUGAGAGGGAUGGCCAAACUCCUGUGGCCAAGGCUGCUGCAGUUUGUGGUGCCAGCGCAGUACAGCGGCAUGCUGAUCCCGCUCUCCCAGUGUCUCCAAGCCUUGGUUGCAAGACGGGAGAGAGCAGGCUGCAGGGAAGAAGAGGAGGAGCCUGGUGCCGUGGGCUCCCAGGAGCAAGCCCAGCUGCCAGCUCCCCAAGCCCUGUUGGCUCGACUGGUGGUGGUGGCAGCAGCUCCUCACGCGAGCAGCGAUCGUGCAGUCGCUGCCUUGCAGCUGCUUCAGGCCCUCCAGGGCAGGAUCCACAGAGCCUUGAGGGCAGUGUGGGUGACCGAGAUCCCCCUCCUGCUGCAGUACCUGGCAGGAAGAAAGGAGAGCUCCCUGGGCUCUGCAGAGUGGGAACACCGUGUGCUUAAGUUCCUGCGAGUGUCGCUGGAGCCCAUCGAGGACAAGGCCUGGACUGUGGGCCUGAGCCAGGAGCUGAGCCAGCAGCUGGGCAGCUCUGCCCCUGGCUCCUGGGAGAAGCUGUUCCUGUACAAGGUUCUCGGCACGGUGCUGGCAGCUUGUCAGAACCUCUGGCACGUUCAAGGGCAGGUGCUGAGCUUCCUGCAGGCAACAGACCCUGUGGCUGAGCCCCAGGCAAUGAUUUCUGUAGUGUCGCACGCUGCUGAGAGCCACUUCCAUCUGGUCCUGGACACGCUGACGAUGUAUUCUGACAAUUUCGUUAGACUCUACUUUGGUCAGACUUGCACGGGUUCAAAGGCACAGCAGCAGCAGAGGAUGGAGAUAGCGCAGCCCUUCUGUGCCGCUCUCAUGCGCACCUACAGUGCGGUUGCUCUGUGUGCCCCCAAGGAGCAGCUGCUCUCCCGUGUGGAUAAAGAAAUCCUGGGCGACAUCCUGCGGCUCUCCAGAGCUAAACAGAGGGGCAUGCAGCUCAAGCUCGCCGUGGUGCAGAGCAUCACCGAGGUCUGCUGUGCCAUCCAGGCUGUGGGCAACUGCGGCAGUUUUAAGCUGUCCUUAAAGCAGGAGGCAAUGCGGACCCUGCUGGACUGGAUGAAGAGGGAGCCCUGGGACUCCGUGCUCUAUGGAGUGUUUCAGGCUCUGGAGAAGUUAAGCAAGCUGAGGCCACGUCUGAGCAGGGAGGAAAAUCGCAACCUGCUGGCAGUGUGCUGCCACGCUGUCGUGUCCUACCCUUCCGAGGAGCAGAUGAAGAAGGGAAACAGGAUCGCAAGGGCAGCUCUGAACACGCAGCUUCUGCACAGGAGGGGCAUGCAAGAUCUGGGCCGCCUCAUAGAAACCCUUUUGGAGACACAGGGGAGCUCUGCCUGCUUUGAUGACAUGGUCCAUGUCCUGAAGGGCCAGCUCACCUCAGCCAUGGAAUGGAAGCGGGAGAGAGCCCUGAGGGUUUGCACCCACUUGCUGGAUGUUUGCAAGGACCGACAUGAGUUCAGGAGAGGACGCCCCUGCCAGCAGAUUGGAUCCCUGGUAGGACUGCUGGGGUGUCUGACCAUCGACUGCCUGGUCACGUCCCGCCAGAGGGCAGGGCUCUGCCUCAGCUAUCUUCUGGAAAUGCAAGACAACACUGUUCCGGUGGUGCUUGAGGCUCAUGAGAUCAGGUGCCUUUGUGAGGAGCUGGACAGCCCAGACCCCAACACUCUGGUGAAGACCAGUAUCAAAAUCGCAAAGGCUGUUUGCAAAUGCAUCCCUCCAGCACAGGCUGUGGGCUUCCUGAGGGCCAUUGUGGACACCUUGCUGCAUGUCACAACCACAGCCCAAGAGGCCUCAAUAGUAUGGAAGUGGGUGUUUGUCUUCCUGAAGGAAUGUGGAAAGGACAUACUCGCAGAGGUGCCAGAAUUCCUGACCACCCUGUACACCUACAUGCAGCGGGGCACCAACAGGUUCUUUGUGCCCAGUGCAGUGUCUCUCCUUGCCAUCUGUCAUCGGGAAGCUGUGGUCAGCUGUCUCCUCCAGGCAGGUCACCUUAUGGACAGCAACAUGAUAGAGCUGUGGAGGAGCCUGGGGAGAAGCACCUUUGGGAUCCAGAUCCUGAGGUGCUUAGCGGAGAAACUAAACAGAGCAGGAAACAACUGCCCAGGGACUGGCUCCUCCGCUUCUGAGCAGCACAGCCGGGAGACUGCUCUGGAGACUCUGGCGAUCACCCGUGCCAUCUCCGAGGUGGUGUUUGUCAUGAGCAGCACCGAGCAGCUCAGGCAACUGCUUCCCCACAUCCUCCCCAGCCUCCUGAGGUGGGCCAGUGAAACGGUGGGUGAGGAGAGGCUGCCUUCUGCCAUGAGCAGCUGGAGACAACUGUUCCUUGAGGGCCGGGUGCUUGAGCAGAAGCCGUGCAGGACUUUCCUUUUAGCUCUGAAGUCAGUGCUGGAAAAAUGCAUGGAGCAGAAAUGGAUGCAGCUGCUCAUGCAUCGGGCAGUGUGGGCUCGCCUGGAAGACCCCCUGGCUCACCCUGAGGGGGUGUCUCUCCUGACCAGUGUCCUGCUCCAGGCUGGACUCAUCUCUCCCUCUCUGGUGCAGAACCUCUUGCCAUGGCUGGAUUCCAGCUCAGUUAAACUGCGGGUGGCAGCUGCAGCUUUCUUUGAUGAGAUCCCCGAGAGCUACAGGACUAGGAGGCCCUCUGAGCGAGGCAGGAACUAGAGAAGUCCCUCCGCGAUACCUGGCUCCAGCCAACACCCAGGAGUUCAUUAAAGCUCAUCAUUUCAAUGAAGCCUAAA